AUGGUUCGCAACAUGGCGAAGUUGACACAUCCAAACCCAGAAUUUGGUUAUGCAAUGAUUGACAUGAAUGACUGGGCUACAUGUCUGACUUUAGAUGUGAUUGCCAUUGCUGCCCUUGGUCGGGAUCUUGGAAUUAUCCAAAAGCCAAAUAAUCCUCUGAAGAGCGCAUAUGAUGAGGCUUUUCGGGAAUCCCCGCGCAAAGCCGCGAUGUUUUUCCUUGCAUACUGUCGGAUGGAAUGGAUUAUGGACUAUGUUCCUUGGAAUUUGGACAGUCGCGAUGGAGCUGCUACGCUUUUUCUACGAAAGUUUUGCCGGGAUGCCAUCCAAGACAAGAGACGCAGUUUGCACUCGACCCCAGCUACCACGGAUACAAAAGCACCUGAUCUUCUCUCCAAGCUGAUUGCUUCUGAGACUCUCACUGAUGACCAACUGGUCGAACAACUUCUUAGUAUCCUUGCGGCGGGACACGAAACCGUCGCAGCUACUUUCUCUUGGUCUAUCUAUCUCCUUGCUACCCACCAAUCGAUCCAAGACCGUCUUCGCGCCGAGAUCAGAUCCUCGGUAGAUGUGACGGAAAUGGACAUUGAAGACGAGAAAAUGGCCGAGUUACUCCGGAGUCUUCCAUUAUUGAAUGCCGUCUGCGCUGAGACCAUUCGAAUUUACCCAUCCGUCCCACUCACCCCUCGAGUGGCAGUCCGUGAUACUUCGAUAUUGGACACAUUCGUACCUAAGAACACUAGUAUCAUGAUUGCCCCCGGAGCUCUUAAUCGCUCAUCGCGUCUCUGGGGCUCUGUGGCCAACAAGUUUACACCGGAUCAGUGGAUCAAUCAUGACACCGGGGCUUUUAGUAGUCACGGUUAUUCAAAGAGCACUUACUCCAUGUCUACAUUCCUCCAUGGAAAGCGAGGGUGUAUUGGAUCCGAAUAUGCUAAAGCGGAGCUCAGAUCCAUGGUAGCGGCAAUGGUUUGCUGUUUCAAAAUGGAAUUGCAAGAUCCGGACGAACCAGUGAUUCCUACGGGAAAGAUUGUCGCUAGACCUUGUGCCAAAAAUGGCACAUCUACAGUCAAGAUUGAGCACGUUUAG